CUACGAUCUCUAUUGUCAAAAUUGCGCUCCAGAUUUACCGACAGUGACAAAGUUCCACAAUGUCUGCUCCUGCGUGCUCCCGUUGCACGGAAUUGGAGCGUGAACUGGCGAAGCUUCGUGCGCAAAAUGCCCAGCUUCAAUCUCAGCUUACAAUGCACCGGAAACCUAAAGAAGUGGCUACAGAAGACUACGAGGACGACAAUGAGGAAAAUUCAUCGAAGACUCAGACGUACUCGCCCUUCUCGAGGGUGGAGCUGCAGCGUUAUGGACGGCAGAUGCUCGUUAAGGAAUUUGGAGUCAAGGCGCAGCUCACGCUACGUGCUGCAAGUGUCCUACUCAUUGGCGUUGGUGGACUUGGGUCGCCUGUGGCGAUGUACUUGGCAGCAAUGGGCGUGGGUACGUUGGCUAUUGUGGAUAGUGAUUACGUCGAUCGAAGCAACUUGCAUCGGCAGAUUUUGCACGAUGAAAAGGGGGCCAGAAAUCGAGAAAAGAAAGUGGAAUCGGCUAAGAGAAGGCUGCUGGAGCUUAACCCGUUGCUGAAGUGUGUGGUAUAUCCAACAAGGUUUACCGCUGUGAACGCGUUGAAACUUGUUGGAGACUACGACGUGGUUGUUGACGCCUCAGAUAAUGUUGGCACUCGCUAUCUCGUUAAUGACGCGUGUGCCCAACUUCAUAAACCGUUGGUAUCGGGUAGUGCUUUAGGACUGGAGGGCCAGGUGACGGUGUUCACGUAUGAGGAUGACUCGAACGCCACUGGAUGUUAUCGAUGUUUGUAUCCAACGCCGCCUCGGGUUGCAAUGAGUUGCGCGGAGAACGGUGUGAUUGGUGUUGUGCCUGGCGUGAUUGGAUGUCUGCAAGCUAUGGAGACGGUCAAGAUUAUCACCGGAAUCGGAGAACCUUUUGUUGGUGUACAGUGCUUUUACGAUGCGUACGACGGGCAGUUCCGGCGCCUGAAAAUCGGCAAAAAGCGGAAUCCAGACUGUCCGUCAUGCGGAGUGCAUGAUACAUAUGAAAAGCACAAAAUGAUGCCAUUACAUGCAUCAUUAUUAGUAGAAGGCAAUUGCACGGAUGAAACUACGAUCGUUGAUGAUCUCAGCCCACAGUUCCGUGUUAGCACUGAAGAAUUUGCGAACAUACGCAAGGCUGCUUUAAUGGCAAAGGAGAGAGAAGAGCAAAACACUAUGAAAAACAGCUAUGCUCUGCUGGACACACGUGCGCCCACCCAGUUCGAGAUGGUGCACUUCCCCGAGGCAGUGAACAUUCCUACCGCUCAGCUCAUGAAACAGGAUCCAACUCAAGUUAUCAAGAACCUUCAUAGCUUUCAAACGAAUAGUUCGGCGCAGCUUCCUAAACGAACUUUUGUGAUCUGUCGACGCGGUAUUGACUCGGUCAAGGUGACGCGAUGGUUGGUGGAUCAUGGAGUUCAGACCGUGUUCAACGUCAACGGAGGAUACACUGAAUACGCAAAGGAAGGCGGAGUUGACCCAGCAUUCCCCAUGUAUUAGCACACAUGUAGCAAAUCAAAGCGCAAAGCAAACCCUGAAUUUUUGAAGAAUCUAUGAUUGCUGCAUCUAAA